AUGAACUGUCCGCUUGCUAAGUUAAUAAUCUGCGAAAUACACAAGGUCACUUUGCACGCUGGGCCCCGCAUUAUGCAAACUGUCUUGCAACGUCGUUAUUGGGUUAUCGGCGCUCGUAGCUUGAUCCGUAAUAUAUACCAUAAGUGCGUGAAAUGCACUUAUUUGAACCGCAAUCUUACCACACAAGUCAUGGGUGAUCUACCUGUCAUUCGCACAACCUACGCCCGUUGUUUCAUUCACACUGCUGUCGACUUCGCUGGACCUUACCUCUACAAAUUCACCCAAGGAAGAGGAGCUAAGGCUAUCAAAGGCUACAUCUGCUCGUUCAUUUGUAUGUGCACUGGUGCAAUGCAUCUCGAAUUUGUUGGUGACCUGUCAACACCAGCUUUCCUAGAUGCAUUUAAAAGGUUCACAAAUCGUCGAGGUUUUUGUAAGGUCAUGACAUCAGAUAACGGUACAAAUUUCGUUGGAGCCGAGAAGGAGUUGCGCAUUGCAUUUCAACAGUGCAUGGCUGAUAUUAAACUUCGCUCUUUCUUUGCGGACUCGAAUAUCGAAUGGCGUUUUAAUCCACCGGCUGCACCCCAUAUGGGAGGUUACUGGGAGACCGGAGUCAAACGUGUUAAGUAUCAUUUAAAACGCGUAUUAGGAGAAGUUCCACUAUCAUACGAAGAGUUCAACACACUUUUGACUGAAAUAGAAGCUUGCGUAAACUCUCGCUCACUCUGUGACAACUCUGAAGCUGCUGGUGACUUAGAAGUUUUAACUCCCGGACAUUUCAUAGUCGGUGAACCGCUUAAGUCAAUACCGGAACCUGAGGGUCAAGGGUUUCGUGGAAAUCUUCGACAGCGAUGGCAAGCAAUUUCUGCCAUGAGACAACAUUUCUGA